CGCUGAGCUCGUGACGUCACACGUAGCCCCACCCACAUAUUUCUGUAAACCACCUUACGUAUGGAAGUAUGGCGGUUCCAGCGACAGAACUGGAACUCGGCCAAAGUUUACUGCUCAGGUUUUCACGUGAAAGUGAUGAAUAAGCACGCAAGCAUAGAGCUCGCUAGUAAAGGGCACGGCGGCUGGGAAUUCGGGAGAAAAUCUAGGAGACAGAGUCGUCUGGCCCUCAGAGUUCCCUCAACUUCGCCUACAAGUGGCUUUAGAGACGCGGGGGGAGACGCUCCACAAAACGGGAAGAGUGGACGCGGAAGUUUGAAACACACCAACAAGUGCUUUGAUUUUUGGUUACAGAGUGUGAAACUGCGGUCACGGGACAUGUUUUGGUGAGAUAAUGAAGUGGACUUGACUGCGGUUACCAGCAGAAACCAACCGUUGACUGUCCGGCGUGCAUAGGGGUCUGGCGCUGCUUACCACCAGCAGAAGUUUGGUUAGCUUAUGGCUAUCGUCAACAUUAGCUGGAGCUAACCAACAGUGUCAAUGUUUUCAUAUUCCUGUUAGGUCCCUCAUAUGUCGUCUGAAUGCAUAAAAAAACUGAACCCUACUGGAGUAACACAGACUUGUGCAGGAGGCCUGCAUCACCAAUACUCCAGGAGAAGACAGUGUGAGCCCGGAAAGAGGCUCCUGUCUUCUCCAGAUCCCGCCAUUGCCGCUCAGCAAGCUUUCUAACCGACUCCGUCCGACUUGGAUAGUCCCGGCUGCAGCCUGGCACCCUGCCCUUAUGGGGCAGCAGCCGGGAAAGUUUGUCGGGGACCAAAGGAGACCCAGUCUUCCAGCCUUUAUUAAGGGGGGAAAGAAGGACUUACCGCGCCAUGUGAAUCAGCCGAUGAAUGUUUUUGAUUGGCACGAAGCUCUACAGCGACCCGAGUUUGGUCUAGGAGAUGCAGCCCGUUGGAACUCCAAAGAGAAUCUGUUGGCAGGUCCCAGUGUGAAUGACCCCAACCUGUUUGUUGCACUCUAUGAUUUCGUUGCCAGUGGAGAUAACACACUAAGCAUUACGAAAGGAGAGAAGUUGCGUGUGCUGGGUUACAACCACAAUGGCGAGUGGUGCGAGGCACAGACCAAGAACGGCCAAGGUUGGGUCCCAUCCAACUACAUCACCCCAGUUAACAGCCUGGAGAAGCACAGCUGGUAUCAUGGACCCGUGUCGCGCAACGCUGCCGAGUACCUCCUCAGCUCAGGCAUCAACGGAAGCUUCCUGGUGCGAGAGAGCGAAAGCAGUCCCGGACAGAGGUCCAUUUCUCUACGUUAUGAGGGGAGAGUCUACCAUUACAGGAUUAACACUGCAUCUGACGGCAAGCUUUACGUCUCAUCAGAGAGCCGUUUCAACACGCUGGCAGAGCUGGUGCACCACCACUCCACGGUGUCAGACGGCCUCAUAACCACACUCCACUACCCAGCGCCAAAGCGGAACAAACCCACCAUCUAUGGGGUUUCUCCCAACUAUGACAAGUGGGAGAUGGAGCGCACUGACAUUACCAUGAAGCACAAACUGGGAGGGGGGCAGUAUGGGGAGGUGUAUGAGGGUGUCUGGAAGAAGUACAACCUCACUGUGGCUGUCAAGACACUUAAGGAGGACACAAUGGAGGUGGAAGAGUUUCUUAAGGAGGCUGCCGUUAUGAAAGAAAUCAAACACCCCAAUUUGGUGCAACUGUUAGGUGUCUGCACCCGAGAGCCACCGUUCUACAUUAUCACAGAGUUCAUGACCCACGGCAACCUGCUGGACUAUCUUAGGGAGUGCAACAGGGAGGAGGUCAAUGCUGUGGUGCUGCUGUACAUGGCCACACAGAUCUCGUCUGCCAUGGAGUACCUUGAGAAGAAGAACUUUAUUCACAGGGACUUGGCUGCCCGUAACUGUUUGGUUGGGGAGAACCACCUGGUGAAGGUUGCAGACUUUGGCCUGAGCAGACUUAUGACUGGCGACACAUACACAGCUCAUGCCGGUGCAAAGUUUCCCAUCAAAUGGACUGCUCCAGAGAGCCUGGCUUAUAACAAAUUCUCCAUUAAGUCAGACGUUUGGGCAUUUGGUGUGCUUUUGUGGGAGAUUGCCACCUAUGGUAUGUCUCCUUACCCGGGCAUCGACCUGACGCAGGUCUACGAGCGGCUGGAAAAAGACUACCGGAUGGAACGACCCGAGGGUUGUCCAGAGAAGGUGUACGAGCUUAUGAAAGCCUGUUGGAGGUGGAACCCAGCAGAGCGGCCCUCUUUCGCUGAAACACAUCAAGCCUUCGAAACCAUGUUCCAGGAAUCCAGCAUCUCUGACGAAGUAGAAAAGGAGUUGGGGAAAAAGGCAACAUUUGGUUCCAGUCAGCAGGCCCCAGAGCUGCCCACCAAGACUAGGAGUCUCCGGAAAAAUCGAGAAGGAGACGGUGCAGAGCUUGCAGACCAAGAGGUUGCUGUGUCAUCGCCGGUACUUCCCAUGAAAGAGCGGGAAAUCACUCUGACUGAGGAUGACCGGCUGUUACCCAAAGACAAGGACAAGUCCCGCGGCAGUGGAUUUCUCAGCCUCAUCAUGAAAAAGAGAAGGAAUGCGCCAGAUCCCCCUAAACGUAGCUCCUCCUUCAGAGACAACAUCCAUCCUGAUAGGAGGAUCGUGAGUUGUGAUCCUCGAGACAGCGACGCUUUCAACAAUGGCGCAUCCUUGUCCUCUAAUGAUGCCUCACACGGUCAGGAACCGUCAAAGCUGUCAGCCACUGCCAACAAUAACGGGGCAGCGGGUAACACCCCAGGGGCUCCUACUUACCCAGGACCUUUGUUCUCCAGGAAAAAGGGAGCUCCAGCAAUGAGUGGUGCAGGGAGCAGGGCAGCCACAACACCGCCCAGUGAAGAUGAAUCCACCUUUGACUGUAAGCGCUUCCACUGGCCCUCUAACAUGUCAAAUGGCCGCGAUCGCAAUGAGUGGAGGUCUGUCACGCUGCCGCGAAAUCACGGCCAGCGCCACUUUGACUCAAGCACCUUGGUGGGCAAACCAGCUCUACCAGUGAAGAGGACCAACGAGCAGAAGGGAGAGAAUACCUCUCGAAAGGGUACCCUGACUCCCCCACCGCGCCUGAACACACUACCAGACAUUUCCUCUGUUUUCCUGAAUAAAGAUGCUGAUACCAGUCCUGGCUCCAGCCCCCAGGCGUUGACACCUAAGGUGGUCAAGAGACCAGGUGUCCAAGGCCAGGAGAACUCUAAAGUAAGUGUCCUUCAUCCUGAGUUUCUAAAGUCCAGCGCGUAUCCCGCUUUAGGGGCAGCUGGAGAUGAGUGCAGGGCUCGCAGGAACAAGCACUCUACAGACUCAUCGGUCAAAGAGAGAGGAAAGUUGCAGAGACCUAAGCCAGCUCCACCCCCGCCUUCUAGUGUCAAAAUGGGGAAGGUGUCCCGAAGCCCAACUCAAGAGCUCCCUUCCCCAUCAUCAUCCCCCUCAUCAUCUCCUUCAGACGUUAGAGGAAAGGGCCCUCCUUUCCCCUCCGAUCUUCACCACACCGCCUCUGCUAGUGAUCUAGGCUCCAAAAAACUGCCGCUAAGCUCCAUCUCUAAACCUCUGCCUUUAAAGAGCUCUGCGUCAAUGAUCAGCUCUCCCACAUCCCCAGGGGAGCUAAGCUCAUCCGCAUUUACCCCUCUAGUGAAUACCCGGCGCUCGCUUCGCAAGACUGCGCCCCGCCAGGCGUCGGAGCGCACCCCAAACUCAGCUGUGACACGUGAGAUGGUGCUGGAGGGAGCCGAGCUGCUGCGUACCGCCAUCUCCCGCAACUCUGAGCAAACGGGCAGCCACAACGCGGUGCUGGAGGCCGGCAAGAACCUUUCCAAAUACUGCAUGAGCUACGUUGACUCCAUCCAGCAAAUGAGGAACAAGUUUGCAUUCAGAGAGGCCAUCAACAAACUCGAAAACAGCUUGUGUGAGCUUCAGAUCUGCCCAACUGCCACAGGGGCCUCCAACCUGCAGCAGGACUUCAGCAAGCUGCUGUCCUCCGUCAAGGAGAUCAGUGACAUUGUUCAGAGGUAGCGCCAUGAAACUGUAAACUUUCCAAGACAGGAAACUGAUAUAUGUUAUUUGUUACACUAUCCUUUAGGAGCCAGUGUUACUGGAGAAUGAAAGACGAUGGGGAGCAGCAUUGACGUAAAACUCCCUCCUCAGUCGGCGCUAACGCAUCCUGUGGUUACAGUUGAUGAAACUGUGGAGGUCAUCAUAUGCCUCCACUAUGAAUGCACAUAGCUGGCCAUAGUGUGGGGCCAAUUCUUCACCCAUAUUUCUUUUGGAAAUGAGAUGUCCUAUAUUUUGUGUGUGUGUGUGCGCGUGUGUGUUUCUGACACUGUUUUCAUUCAUGCUGCGACAAUGACUUUUCCCUUUUAUCUCUUGACUCAAAAGAAAUUGUUGGAAUGGAUCAAAUAGUUUGCCUCUGUCCAGCACAUCAAUUUUCUGUAGCUUUGCAUCGUGUGUGUGUGUGUCAUUGUGUGCAGAGGCAGUGUCUGGUUUGGAUGGAUGUUUUUAUUUUGUUUAACUUUAUUUUUUUAAUUGUUCUUUUUUUGAAAACUUAUCGAGUAAGAAUGCGAGACAGAAUGAGCCUCUAGCUUCAUGUUUCUCUGCACACUCUGGUAUCGAACAGUGCCUUAAAACUCUAUUAAUAUGGCAGUCUUAGUCUUAACACUUGCAUUUGCAGAUUCCUGGAUGUUUUUACUGUUUACCAUACCAAAAAUGUUUUGUCUGCAGUCUGUACUGGAGGGGGAGCAGGGUGCAUGAUCUGCAACUCAGUGGAUCUAUAAUUUUUUUUACUGUCCUUAGAUGGGACCUUUUUAAAAAAAUAUAUAUGUAUAUAUAAAUAUAUAUAUACACAGUAUAUAUGUAUGCACAAGUUUUUGAUUUGUCAAUCACAAAGCCAUCAAAAGGAACUUGGCCUUGCAGCAGAUUGCUAUUUGAUUUUAUGUGAUCUAACAAAUGGACUCCAUGAUUCUGUCAGGCCUUCGUCUUGUCACACUGUCCAAAUGCUGUUGCAGAGGUCCCUCAAUCUUAGAAAAACAAAUGCAAACGUGUUAGUGUGCAUGUUCUGGGGGGGCGGGGGGGAACACUGGACUGAAAUGUUGCCCCUCUCACAAAAUGUCUCGCAGGGGUAAGGGGAGGGGGUGACAAUUACAAGAUUUCAGUGCUACGCAUGUUCCUUAUUUUGUGAACUUUCAGUAUUUUGUCUUGUAAUCAUGUCUUCCUGUAUGCCCUGUCUGACUGCGAUGCCUGAGGACAAAACUCAUCGCUACCUGACUUCAGCAUGGUACUUUAGUUGCCCCUAUCCCACCAAACAUACCACUACUCUGAUUUGUCAAAGCCUCAAUCACCAAUUCAUAGACAACUUGGCCUUUAUUUGUGUUUUAUUUUUUUGUUUGUAUGUCUCUAACCUCGGUGCAAUUUUUGUGGCAAUAAAAUACAGUUUUACUUGAAUUA